GGAUGCUGCCGGGCGCCGGAAGAGAAGCGCGUCUCGUCGGGGCCGGCCAUCUUGUGCGGCAGCGAGCAGGGCGCGGGGCCCGGCAGCAUCGCAGCAGGAUCCCGCCGACGGGGGCCCAUCAUGCCCGGACACCUGCAGGAGGGCUUCGGCUGCGUCGUCACCAACCGCUUCGACCAGCUCUUCGAUGACGAGUCCGACCCCUUCGAGGUGCUGCGGGCGGCCGAGACGCGGCGGAAAGAGAGCGGCGGCGGCGGCGGGGGCCAAGGGGGCGGCGGGGCCCGCGGCGGCCCGGCGGGAGCCCAGAACAGCUCCUCCGGAGGCGGCGCCGGCGGCGGCGGGGGCCCGGGCCAGGCGGGGGCCGGCGGGGGUGCCGGCAGCGCGGCCAAGCAGCUGCGCCGGGAGUCGCAGAAGGAGCGCAAGAACCCGCUGCCCCCCUUCGCCGCCUCCGCCGGGGGCGCCGCCGACCGCCGCGAGGAGGGCACCGGGCAGCCCGGGGCGCCGCUGCGCAAGGAGGGGAUAAGGCGCAUUGGCAGGAGGCCUGAUCAGCAGCAGCAACAGCAGCAGCAGCAGCAGGGUGAAGGCAAGCCCAUCGAGAGGAGACCGGAGCGGCGACCUCCUCGCGAGCGCCGAUUUGAUAAACCUGCUGAUGAGAAAGGCGAAGGAGGAGAAUUUUCCGUUGAUAAACCCAUUCUUGACCGACCUAUGCGUGGACGUGGUGGACUUGGAAGAGGACGUGGCCGUGGCCGUGGCAUGGGCAGAGGAGAUGGGUUUGACUCUCGUGGCAAACGUGAAUUUGACAGACAUAGUGGCAGCGAUAGAUCUUCUGUUUCACAUUCACAUUUCAGCGGCCUGAAGCAUGAGGACAAGCGUGGUGGCAGUGGAUCACACAACUGGGGAACCGUCAAAGAUGAGCUAACCGAGUUGGAUCAGUCGGCUGUAACUGAGGAAACGCCAGAGGGAGAGGAACAUCCGCCUGCUGACUCUGAAAAUAAGGAGAAUGAGGUUGAAGAAGUUAAGGAGGAAGGUCCUAAGGAAAUGACCCUGGACGAAUGGAAAGCUAUUCAAAGUAAGGAUCGUGCAAAAGUUGAGUUCAACAUCCGUAAACCAAAUGAGGGUGCUGAUGGGCAAUGGAAAAAAGGAUUUGUUCUUCACAAGUCAAAGAGCGAGGAGACAAAGGCGAUGACAGAAAUGCAGGGGAGUCUGCUGGAGUCAAAUGAGGCUCACGCUGAGGACUCCGUAAUGGAUCAUCACUUCCGUAAGCCCGCGAACGACAUCACGUCCCAGCUGGAGAUCAACUUUGGAGACCUCGGCCGCCCCGGACGCGGUGGCCGAGGGGGACGGGGUGGCCGAGGGCGUGGUGGCAGGGCCAGCCGCGGAGGCAGGACUGACAAGUUGGUUAAGGAGUUCGACGUGAUCCACACGCCCAACCAGUCGAGUGCUUCUGCUCCUGAUGUAGAUGACCCAGAGGCUUUCCCAGCUCUGUCCUAAACUGGAUGUCAUAAGCCAACCCUGCCCUCGUCGGGCCUUCCUCUCCGAGGCUUGCAUGCUUAAGGAUCCUAAACAACUAAGAAAUUUAAAAAAAAAAAAAAAAAAAAGAAAAAAAGAAAAAAAGGAGACUGUCAUUCAUACCAUUCACACCUAAAGACUGAAUUUUAUCUGUUUUGAAAAUGAACUUCUCUCGCUACACAGAAGCAACAAUAUGGUAGUCAGUUUUGUAUUUAGAAAUGUAAUGGUAGCAGGGAUGUUUUCAUAAUUUUUUCAGAGAUUAUGCAUUCUUCAUGGAUACUUUUUUGUAUUGCUGCUUGAAAAUAUGCGUUUCCAAACUUGAAAUAUAGGUGUGAACAGUGUGUACCAGUUAAAA